UCACUUUACAGCCGUCAAAUGUGGAAAUUACAAAAAAAAAAAGUAUCUCAAUCGCUCAGAAAGCGCGUGAGCUCGUGAAUGGUAGGGAUGACAUAUGUUUCUCACACGCGUAAGAACCCAGUGGCUCCAAUCCGCCAACCAACCGUCGAGAGUAACUCUAUUUUUGAGCCAUCUGUCUGUUGAAACUUGUCCAACCCUUAUCCACUCACCUCAAAUCUCUAAACACAAUCUUAAACUUGUAAGAACAUUUAAAAAAAAAAAAAACCUGGAAUUUAGGAACAAAGGGAGAGAGAAAAAUAAUGUCUAUGGCAUUCUCAAUCCCAUGUUUCAAAAUACGAAACCUGUCAUCCCCAUGUUCCUCUUCUUCAUCAUCGUUAUCAUCAUCUAUAGCAGCCAAGUCUUAUAUUGUGACGAUAAGGUGUUCUCAAACUGAAGGUCCUUUGAGAAGACCUGUUGCACCUUCUCCACCACCUCCUUUGAAGCCAGUUCCUCCUUCUCCUUCUCCAUCACCAUCACCGGCUCCUUCAUCUUUGCCUCUGUCGCCGCCGCUGCCUCCGAAGUCGGCUUCUGUGGCAGCUGUGGGAGACCAGAAUGUGAUCACUUUGGAGUUUCAGAGGCAAAAGGCAAAGGAGCUGCAAGACUACUUUAAACAGAAGAAGCUUGAGGAAUCAAAUCAAGGGCCUUUCUUUGGGUUCCUUGGGAAGAAUGAGAUUGCUAAUGGAAGAUGGGCGAUGUUUGGUUUUGCUGUUGGGAUGCUAACCGAGUAUGCAACAGGCUCAAACUUUGUUGAUCAAGUAAAGAUCAUGCUCUCCAAUUUUGGGAUAAUAGACUUGGAUUGACUCUUUUCCUUGUACCUCUAUGCUAUUAAUACUUUUUCAUUUCUGAAGUUAUAUCCAAUGUUUGUUU